GAGAGGUAGAGGGAGAGACAGAGAGACAGAGAGACAGACAGGGAGAGAGGGAGAGAGAAAGAGAGGGAGAGGGAGGUGGAGGGGCCCCGUGUUGGAGAGAGGGCUACAGGGUGAGGAGAAGAAGGACUGGGGAAAAGUUAGAAGUAUGAGAGAGACGGUUUGAGGAAAUUACGCACGCAAAGAUUAAGAGCUACAGGGGAGAAGAAAGGGGGAACAACAGACAGGAAGGAAGGGGAGGGAGAAGUCUUGGUUGGAGUAAAAAAAAAAAAAAAAAAAAGAGCUGAAGAAAAGUUUUCUUGUGGGAAGACGCAGAUGAGGAAAACAGCGAGUGAAUGACUGGGCUGGAGAGAGCUGGGAGAGGAGGAAACCAGUUGUUUUUUCAGGCGUUCUCUACGCAAGUCUCUGGAUUUCGUCGGACAUGUACACAGAAGGUUCAACUGGACACCAGCGAUUCCUCCAGCACAGCACCGCUCCAGCCCCCUGCCCCCGCCAGCGCUGCAUCCACUAUGACCAGCUGUACGACUACCACCGGGGGUCCGGGUACCCGCCAGCAUCCGCCAGACGGACGGACCACCCACUGCCGGACUGCAGGAGGGAGAUCCAGGCCCCUCGGGCUCCAGACGUAGGAGACGUAAGAGCGUUCACGGAGGACGGAGUUCCUGAGAGGAACGGUCACCUCAGCCACCUCAGCCCACAGAGGAGGCCUGUGUUCGCGGGGCCGGGCCCUUACAGCCAGUCACAUGACUCGGGCCAAGCGUGCCCUUGUGAACUGAACCCUGCCCAGUGGAACCACCCGCCGGAGCCUGGGGUGAGACACUACUCAUCUGUGAGGGAACAGUGUGGCUGUGUGGUGCACAGCGGCGCUAUGGUUCACCCCUUCCACUCUGGGAUACCACACCCUCUCCCUCAUCUGCAGGUCAAAGGUCAGGGCUACAGGCGGCGGAGGACCGUCAGGUACAUCUCCAUGGAUGAGGAGGAAGGCUGUGCAUGCACUUCCGAGGACUAUCAGGCGGAGCCACACUAUCUUCAGUUGCAGCAUUUGUACAUGCCAAACGGUCACUCCGGAGCGAGGCAUGUGUUCUUUGAGGGAGGGGAGCCGAACGAUAGCCAUCAGGACUCGGGCAGAGUGAAGGGUGGAUCAGAGGAGAGUUUUAAUAGCUCUCACAAAGGCUUCUUCCCCACCGAGGUCCCGCAAAAGCACUUGAGCAAGAACAGACGGAAGGGAUCCUGCGUCCUUCCCUCUGACUCCACCUGUUUGGAAAGCUCCAGACCGGCGACUAACGAUGACCACCAGCGCCAAGAUAUGGGGGUGACAAAGCAGAAGAAGAGGCAGGACUCAGUGAGGGAGCAAAUCCGGCAAGUGGUGACAAAUCUGGAGGACGUGCUGGGGGGUUUGAAGCAAGUUCACGUUGAGAUGAAAGAGGUGGUUGAUCAGAUCGAUCGUCUCACGGCCAAUAUCGACCUCAGCGAGGAGGCACCGUGCAUUGCUCAGGGCUCAUCCAAAAAUGUUCAUGAAUCAACUCAUUCAGGCGACUUCAGAGUACCGCCGCUGGCCAAUCACAAGCCUGUUUCCGUUCAGGCGUCACAAGCCUUCGCUGAAGACCGCAUCAUCCUCAGAACUAACUCGCCCUCCCCGGUCCACAUGGCUUCGGUUGUCAAAACAAACUGUUUCACCCCAACCAGUCUCAAUAAAGACAUCAACCACGAAAGAGCAGGCGUGAACGGCCACCCGCCCCAUCUGUACCCUACGAGAGACUGCAACCACACCGGUCAAGAGCACCGGCCACAAACCCAGGUCAUCGUAGCCAACAGCAACCCAAGAACUCAGAAACCGCCACCUUACCCCCAAAAUGGCCGCUGCGGAAAGGGUCCGUACCCGCCGCCCAAGCCCGUGAGGACCCCCGCCAACCUUAUGAGAGGACUCCAGAGCACCAGCAUGGUGUGAUGGGGGGGCAGCUGAUCCGCCCCAGCACCGUGGGGGCCUGAAACAUGAGGCCCUGCUGCAAUGAGUGGAGGUCACAGAGGGACCAGGCAGGGGGAAAACUCACACAGGAACUGACGCCAUGGACACGAGCCACUAUCAGCUGGUGGAAACGGAGCACGGCCUGAAGGUGGGGAUGUUUCCAAAGGGAACACUCCACCUAGAUUUGACCAGUCACAGUGUGUCACCUGAUCACAGAAGUGGGGAGCAGUGAAUGUCAAACCUCUCUCAGAAUCUAAGCUGCUGAUGUUUAUGAACACCGAAAAAGGCAUAAAAUGCAAACUGUUACUCCUUAACCACCAACUGAAACAUAACAGUGUAUUUUCAUGACAGUAUUAAUUUAUUUUUCCUAUUGUUAUUAUUAUUUUUUUAAAUUCAAAAGCAUUUAUUUUUGACAUUUUACAGUGGAUAUUUACGACGGAGUAUUAGGGCCAAACAAAAAAACAAAAAAAGGAAAUUACGAGAAUAAAGUCAUAAUGUAAUGAGAAUAAAGUCGUAAAAUUACGAGAAUAAAGUCAUAAUAUUACGAGAAUAAAGUCGUAAAAUUACGAGAAUAAAGUCAUAAUAUUACGAGAAUAAAGUCGUAAAAUUACGAGAAUAAAGUCAUAAUAUUACGAGAAUAAAGUCGUAAAAUUACGAG